CAAUGUAUUGCUUUCGAUCUUAAUUACUUUUUUCUGGCCAACAAUACUUGUUUCUCAAACUAAUCUCAGCAGUGAAUACUAUACAAAUUUCUCCUCUAUAUAUUUUACUCACUUCACGUUCUUCCACCGUGUGCUUUCUCUCUCUCUCUCUCUCUCUCCCUCUUUCUUUUCUAUGUUUUACUGGUAUAAGAAUCAUGUCAGGCCAGCAAUUUUGUUAUUCGAAUUAUGAUUCUCAAUCUCAAUCAAGCCGCUUUCAAUCAGAUUCCACCUCUCUUUGGUCUCAGCCAAGCCUCCCAUCUGUUCCUUCCCUCACCUCCCAAUUUCACCCGCAACAAUACCAUCUUUCCAACAUCCGGCACCACUGCCUCGCCACCCUAAAAGGACACACCUCCUACGUAUCCUCUCUCACCUUCGCCGGAAAGUUCCUUUUCACAGGCUCUUCCGAUAAGGAAAUCAGAUUAUGGAAGCGCAACACUACUGUAGACUCAGAACCUGAUUAUGACAAUCUAACCAAUAAUAACAUAAUAGCUGUGGGAAAGGGUGCUGUGAAGUCCUUGGUAGUGUUAGCUGAUAAGCUCUUCAGCGCUCAUCAAGACCACAAGAUACGAGUAUGGAAAAUUAGUAACGAAGAUCCUGAUAACCAAAAGUACACUCGGCUGGCAACGCUGCCAACUUUAAGUGACCGUGCCACGAAGCUUCUCCUGCCCAAGAAUCAUGUUCAAGUUCGAAGACAUAAGACAUGCACCUGGGUCCAUCAUGUUGAUACGGUAUCCGCCCUGGCCUUAUCCAGGGAUGAGACCCUUCUAUAUUCAGUUUCCUGGGACAGGACACUCAAAAUCUGGAGAACCAGUGAUUUCAAAUGCUUGGAGUCGGUGUCAAACGCUCAUGACGAUGCGAUAAACGCCGUGGCAUUAUCCGAUGACGGAGACGUUUAUACAGGAUCAACCGACAAGAAAAUCAAGGUGUGGAGGAGAAGCUCAGGAGAGAAAACCCAUUCUCUAGUUGCUACACUCGAAAAACAUAACUCCGGGAUCAACUCUCUAGCAAUAAGUCCUGACGGGUCUACUUUGUAUUCGGGUGCAAGCGACCGGUCCAUAGUUGUCUGGGAGAAGGAUGGCGGAGAUGGCAAUGGCAUGACGGUGGUUGGUGCACUUAGGGGGCAUACGAAGCCCAUACUGUGCUUGGCGGUUGUGUCGGAUUUAGUUUGCAGUGGUUCAGCAGAUAAAACGAUUAGAAUCUGGAGGAGAGGGGUGGAUACAAGUUAUUCUUGUUGGGCAAUCUUGGAAGGGCAUCAAGGCCCUGUUAAGUGCUUAGCCGGAGCAGUUGAUCGGUGCAACCCUUCCGAUACAUCAUAUGUUAUUUACAGCGGAAGCUUGGACUGCGACGUCAAGGUGUGGCAGAUUGUUGUUCCUUUUCUCUAGAGUUUAAACUUCUUACUUAUAAUUCUUCCUUACCCAUUUUUAAUUUGUACAAAGUAAAGCAGAGUGUUGUAAUCUGUAUAAUUUCAUUUCUGAAUUCAUUUCCAUGGCCAAAGUUUGUAGUAGAAUCACUGUAUUGAGCUAAAGAUCCAUGAAGGGAUGUUCAACCGUAAGCUCAGGAGUUGAAAGCUGUGCCAUGUUUUUGGCUUUUUUCCAUUGACUUCAUAACAGGCAAACAAGCGAAGGGUACAACGAAACAACAGCUACUGUUCUUUGGUUAGUUGACAAGAACCUGGCCUACUGCUUUCAAAGCUGUUUCACCUUUUCUCUCCACUGCAAAAAUUUUUUUGGCCACUAAAUAAGUAAAUAUAUUCAAACAUGGAAGCUUCUGCUUCUUUGAGCUGUA